AUGAUGAUGCCCGCGUUGUCGACGACGAGCGACGAAAAGAAAGUCUCGUCCGCGCUCGAGAAGAAGCGGCUCUACAACAAGCACCGGAAUCGUGCGCUCCGGCGGCUGGAAGCCGAAGAAAAGACGCACUUGACACGCCAGAUAGAGCAACUCGAGGCCACGAUGGCUCACUUGCACGACAAGCAGCCGGCGAGCGCGCUCACGUGGCGUGAGAUCGCCGCCGUCUUUGUCGCCGAGCUCCGCGAAAGCCAAGCGCAGGCUUCGAGCCUCCGCGUCCGCGUCCAGCGCUACGUUGCCACGCGCGAGGCACUCGAAGCGUGGUGUCAGCACAUGCCGACAGGCGCCACAAAUCUGCUCGCCCACGACGAAGCGCGCCAGAUUGCGUUCGACUGGAUUGGCCAGCGCCUCUUGCACAACGUGCCAGCGGUGCUUUUAAGCGUCGACGCACGGCCACUACGCAGCGACGGCCGUCGCACGGUCGUCGAGCCAUCGGGGAACUCGUACCAGAUGACCACGUGGAGCGACCGAGUCGAGCGUACAGCACUUCACGCAGUCGCCAAGGGCCUCUACGCCGUCCACUUUCAAGCCGACGGCGCUGCGAUUCUGGACACGCCAGGCACCAACAUGGUGUACCUGCAGUCGCCCUCGACGUUUGGGGCGCUCCGAUCGCAGCCUUUUGAAGAGAACGUGCUCGUGUGUCAAUGGGCCAUCGAUGACGCACGCUACGUCGUGUGUGCGCAGAGCAUUCUGAGCGACGCGCUGCAUCGGCCACGUCCUCUGGCGCAAAACUGGACAAGCUGGACGAUCGCCGACCGCGUGGACGCACAGGUGACCCGUGUCGUGCGGUGUCUGACAAUGGGAGGGUUGCGCACCGGGGACGGCGCGCCGGUGCCGUUUUCGCUCGAAGAGCCAGAAAUUGCGAAUGUCCACCCGAGUCAGCAGUGGACCUCGCUCGUGCAAGCGAGAAUGGCCUACGCGCAGCACCUCGAGGCGCAUCUAGAAGCGCUUCUCCAGCGCGCGCUGGCCCGCAGCGGCUAG